AUGGCUCUAAAUGAAGACGAGAACACCUGGGCAUUGGAAUUAGAAGCAGCUCUUUUGGACGCGGAGUCACUCUCAGCAUCAGAUAUUUAUGCUAUGACAAAAGGCCAGCCGAUUCCUGCUAAUUUGAGGCCAGAUGUUUGGCAAGCAUGCCUAGAUGUCACAAACAGAGGGAACCAGUUAAUACAUUUUAAUGAAAUAUUUGAUCUUCCUGAGCAAAAUCUUAUCAGAAAAGAUUGCCAGCAGCUUGUUGAUAAGUUGGGCAAUGAUGACUGCGACAAAGUGUCUGUGCUAUCUGACUUGGAGUCGAUAGUAACAUUCUACUGCAAAAGCCGCGGUAAAAAAUACGAGACCGGUAAUGGGUGGUUAGAAUUACUGGGACCACUGAUAUCUUUAAAGUUACCUCGUUCUGCUACGUACAAUUUAUUCGAGGCCAUCAGAGACGUCUAUGUCCCACGAGGUGACACACACAGCUCUAUACUUCGACUUCUAUUGCUGUAUCAUGAUCCAGAGUUGUGUUCUUUCCUCGACACAAAACGCGUUUCUCCUGAUCAAUAUACCAAAGGAUGGAUUAAUACACUUUUUGCAGGUGUAUGUACCUUGCCUGUUAUUCACACAAUAUGGGAUCUUUAUUUUAUGCAGGAAGAUCCUUUUUUUAUGUUGUUUUCAUCACUUGUUAUGGUUGUUAAUGCAAGUAUGAAAGAUGAAGAUAGACAAAAUAUAAUAGACACAUUAUCAGCAAUGCCACGAGCAAUAGAAGUUGAAGACGUUCCUGACUUCUGUUCACUAGCGCAAUACUACAAGCUGACAACACCAACUUCAUUUAAACAAGAAUUGUAUCCGAUAAUGUUUGGCGAGGGUGGUGAUGAAAAAUUUAUAUCACAUGCUUUGUGUUUGCCAGUAACAGCUGAAGAAUUAGUGGAAAAUACCAUUGAAGCACCGCAAUGUUCAAGUAUUCCUUCCGAGUCAGUUCGAUUUUUCCUUGUGGAUUGUCGUCCAGUUGAGCAGUACAAUGCUGGUCAUUUGCCUACUGCAUUUCAUCUGGAUUGCAACUUGAUGCUCCAAGAGCCUGCGGCAUUUGCGACCGCUGUUGAUGGAUUAUUGCGAGCCCAACGACAAGCGUUAGCCAUUGGUUCGAAUGCCGGUGGUGAACAUUUAUGCUUCGUCGGUAGUGGCAGACAAGAGGAAGAUCGCUACACUCACAUGGUCGUCGCGUCCUUUUUACAAAAGCACACCCAGUAUGUCAGUAUGGUGAAAAGUGGCUACCAAGCAAUUCACGAGUACUUUGGUGAUGAAGUUAUCACUAAUUUAGUCGACCAUAAUUUUCAGCGAUGCUUAAUUUGUAACUCUAAUUCCUCGGAGGGUAACUCGAAAAAUACCAGUCCAACUAAAAAUAAAAGCAAUUCCGAUUUGUUUGGUAAAAUAGGAAUGGCUAUGAAACUCAAGAGUCAAGAGGUCAAGGGGAAAUUGUUUGACUACAUCGUUAAUCCGUCGACUAGUGUCAAUAGUAGUAAUAAUGGUGAUAGUAAAAAAGAAGAUGAGCCUUCCAAACGGUCUAAACCGACUAUGCCUGUUUUUAGUAUCGAUGAUGUUCAUGAUCCAGACAUGGUUAUUAGUAAUCCGGAAAAUGAACAACCUGUUGAAGUUGUUUCUAUAAGUCAGUGGUUGAAAAAUCCACAAUUGUUACAUUCCUUCAAGUGUCAAGAAGUUAAAGUUAAUGGAUAUGUUUAUGAAAGCCAUCUUAUAGUCCUAAGAGAGAUCCAAGAACGCAGAGAUGCAGCGCAUGUCAUUGUUAAACGUCCACUGUCAAAUAUAGUUAGGAUAACAUCGCGUAAACAUCAUCCAGAUUUAAUAACAUUUAAAUACGGUACUACACAGAGUGAUAUGCUAGUUAUUUCGGAUAUGGACAGACUUCUUAUUCCCAACGGAGGUGAAGCUGUUAAAUUAAUUUCGCAACAAAUUCUGAAGGAAUUGAAGAGUUCCAAAUAA